UAGAGGCUAUAAGCCAGACAGACAGGUGUGUGGUUCCCAUCACGUCUAGUUUAGACCAGGUAGUGCAGCCUUGGUUAGGGGCUAUAAGACAGACAGACACACAGCACAGUCCACCACUACCCACUCUUCAGGAUGAAGGUCUUUUUGCUCCUGUCUCUGCUGGCUCCUGUAGCCGUCCUCUCUCAGUUCUACCUCCCUCAGGACUGUGAUGACAUCUAUCAACAUGACAACACCAACCCCAGUGGGGUGUACACCAUCUACCCUGGGGGUCCCAUCACCCCCUUGCACGUCUACUGUGACAUGAACACGGAUGGAGGGAGGUGGACUGUGUUCCAAAUGAGAAUGGAUGGAACAGAGAACUUUUACAGACCCUGGGCACACUACAAAUCUGGCUUUGGUAAUGUGGCUGGAGAGUACUGGCUGGGUCUGGAUAACAUCUUCCUCCUGACGAUGAGGAAGAAGAAUGAGCUGAGAGUGGACAUGGAGGACUUUGAGGGAGGGAAAGUUUAUGCUAAAUACACGUCCUUCUCCAUUGAUCCUGAGAACUACGGAUACACACUGAGACUGGGCACUUAUGUAGACGGAGGGGCAGGGGACUCCUUGUCGUUUAGCAAUGGCAUGAAGUUCAGCACCUACGACAAAGAUCAAGAUACCUCGGAAGAGCACUGUGCCAGGCGCCACCUGGGUGGAUUCUGGUACAGUGCCUGUACGCAUGCUAACCCUAACUCCCUGUACGCCCCACAUCCGGAAACAUCUUUCACUCAAGUGUCUGUUUUUUGGGAGCACUGGAAAGGGUUAAACUACUCUCUGAAAAGCAUUUCCUUUAAGAUCAGGGCUGUCUCUGAUGCUGUGGCUGUUCAGGAGCAGGAGUAACAUACCUGACUCUAUCAGUCCUGACCUAAUGUCACCAUCUCUAAAUGACUCCACAAAUACAAUGUGGAGGAGGGGGCACCAGAGCUAGCCAGUCAGACACUAACACCUAGAGAACAGUACAGUCACUACAUCAUCACUGUAACACUAACACCUAGAGAACAGUACAGUCACUACAUCAUCACUGUAACACUAACACCUAGAGAACAGUACAGUCACUACAUCAUCACUGUAACACUGACACCUAGAGAACAGUACGGUCACUACAUUAUCACUGUAACACUGACACCUAGAGAACAGUAUGGUCACUACAUCAUCACUGUUA